UUGCCCAUAUAAGAUAUUGGCUAAUAUAUACAUUUUUUGGUAAGUAAUAUAGCCAUGACGGUUCGUAUGGAAGGAAAUAUGGUGGAGAUUUUUGAAGUUGGACCCUGUGAAAAUGCCUACCAGAUGGGUUUUCUGAUUGGUCAAAGGUUCUCUAAUUUGAUAAGAAGCAGGUUAGCUAGAGACCUUAUCCUUCAAAACCAGCUUCUCCCAUUUGCUGGAACUCCAGAAUCUCGUUCAUUCAUCAAAGCUCUUUUGGAGAAUAAUCAAAACAAGUUUCCAGGAUACUGGGAUGAGCUUCUAGGGACUGCAGCAGGAAGUGGAGUGCCUGUUAUUGAGAUUAUACUUAUCAACUUCAGGAAGGAGAUACUUCCAUUCAUUUCAAAGACUGAGAUCAGUUCAAAUGUCGAUACUGCAGAUGACUGUUCCGAUGUUCUUGUUGUUAAUGAAUCAAUGGCCAUUGCAGCUCACAAUGAAGAUGCAAAUGUGUCUCUACUUGGCCACACAUAUCUGAUAAAAUGCAAACUGUCAAAUGGACUAUCCUUCAUGGCUUAUACCUAUGCCGGAGAGCUCCCCAGCUGCGCCUUCGGUUUCAACAGUCAUGGUUUGGUAAACAUAAAUGAAAAUAUGACAGUAUUUGCUGCAUUCACACUGAACUCGGUACCCCCAGUUGAAGAUGAAAUUGUAGCAGCUGGCAUAGGGCGGAAUUUUAUCUCACGAGAUCUCCUCGAAGCCACAGGCAUUAACGAUGCUUUAACUAGAAUAUGUUCAUCAGAAGUUUCUGUUGGCCAUAGUUAUAACUUGAUAGAUAUAAAGACACGCCAAAUUUUGAACGUUGAAACAGCAUCAAGGAACCGGGUUUCAGUUCAUAAUAUUGGAUCAACACCAUUUUUCCAUGCAAACAUGUAUCUCCAUCUGCAGGUUCUGCAGGUACAAGAUGAGAAUUCAAUAAGCAGGCAAAAAAGAGCAAUUGAGCUACCGAAAGGAUCAAAGGAAGAUUUCCUAUCACUUCUUGGAGAUACUGGUCACCCAAAAUAUCCGAUCUACAUGAUAGGUAAUAUGACAGAUAAUUUCAACAGCCUCUCGUCAAUAUUAUCUUGCUUACUGUAUAAGACCUUAUUUUCAGGUCCAACACUCUACACAUUAUGCACGGCAGUAAUCAAUCUGGACGAACAAACACUAACAAUAAUUGAAGGAAAUCCGAAGAAAGGAAAAGUUUCUCAUGCCUUCUCUAUGUCCUCAGAAGAUUUCAAGAUAGUCCAAUAGAAAAGCUGUCAGCAGACUGCGUUAGCUAUGCAGGUUCAUGGAGUCCUAACACAUGACCAUCAAUACAACGCAUGGCUGCAACCUGAUGACAAGCAAAUAGUUUUUACAAUUCGAGAUCAGAAUCAAACCUGAAAAAGAGUCUGGAAGAAAAAAUUUUGUAGAAACAAAGCUCAAUACCUUUCCAUGGAUCUCAUAUUUGAUGGGACCAUCUAGCUCAGCUCCAAGUGCCAUUAAUUUUGUGACUGUACUAUUAAUGUCUGUCACUGUGAACGACAGUAAAGAUGAAUAUCCCUUCUGCGUGACAUGGUCACUGUAAACUGAGUUAGAAACCAGCAUUUCCAAUUAGAACCAGACAGAGACCUCAUUCAUUGUAAUGCUCAAUUUAUUAGAAUGAUUAUUGCAUUCCUUCUUGUAUAAAUACAGAGGGAUAAUAACAACUAGAAGUAUCAAUUUUCAACUGAA